AUGGCCAAUGAUUGGAACAUCCUUCUAUCCACCCUUGGGGGAAAUGAAGGGGAUAUUGUAGUCGACUCUAACGACCAGAUGUUGGGUGAAAAUGGUCUACAGGGAAAUAUGAUGGCAUUUGACCCUGCUGGUGGAGACAAGUCAGAGCAAAUGGUUUCUGAAUCGGUUGGUGUCCCCGUGUAUCGAUUCUCAGCUCUUUGGGCUACUGAUGCCAAUAAAACAUCUAGAAAAGCACGUCAACACUCGAUCCCCUCUCGAAGCUCUCCAAUUUCCAUCGCUUCGGCUGCCUAUAGAGGUAUUCUGGAGGGAGAUAAUGGCAUGACAGCGCUUCAUCUCUGUGUCUCCAAAGGGGACGUAAGGGCUGUUGUAAUACUCCUGGAUUGCGGCAUCAAUGUUCAUGCCGUAGAUUCUCAGAAACGUACGGCCUUACAUAUCGCUUGCUUUGUUGGCAAUGUGGAGAUUGUGGCCUUUCUCCUACAAGCCUCAACACAGACAGAGGUGAUGGACUGCAACGGAUAUACCCCCCCUGCACAUUGCAUGUCGAAAGGGAAGCUAUGA